GAAGGGGAAUAACUCUAUAUUUCCUGUUCGGUUUUGUGCUGUGUAUUGUUCGACACGAUGUUCUAUCACGUGUCUUUAGAGCAUGAAAUUCUGCUCCAUCCAAGGUACUUUGGACCCAAUCUGCUUAAUAUAGUCAAACAGAAGCUGUUCACUGAAGUAGAGGGAACUUGUACAGGAAAGUAUGGGUUUGUUAUAGCAGUAACAACAAUUGACAACAUUGGUGCCGGUGUGAUCCAGCCAAGUCGUGGCUUUGUUGUAUAUCCUGUCAAAUACAAAGCUAUCGUGUUCAGACCUUUCAAAGGCGAGGUGUUGGAUGCUGUAGUCACUCAGGUCAAUAAGGUCGGUUUGUUUACAGAGAUUGGACCGUUGUCCUGUUUCAUCUCUCGACAUUCUAUUCCAGCAGACAUGGAAUUUGAUCCCAAUUCCAACCCACCUUGUUAUAAGACCAAAGACGAGGAUGUAGUUAUACAGCAGGACGACGAGAUCAGAAUUAAGAUUGUCGGUACACGAGUGGAUGCUAAAGACAUUUUUGCAAUUGGGACAUUGAUGGAUGAUUAUUUGGGUUUGGUGAGCUAGCCAGGACAUCAGCAGUCAACACACUUCUACUCAUUAUCUACAUCACGGCAGGCUUGAGGAUUGACAUGUGUCACUCACCAAAUGAUCUUCAUCACAACAGGCUUCAGGAUUGACAUGUGUCACUCACCAAAUUAUCUUCAUCAGGACAGACUUCAGGAUUGACAUGUGUCACUCACCAAAUCAUCAUCAUCACAACAGGGUUCAGGAUUGACAUGUGUCACUCACCAAAUCAUCUUUGUCACAACAGGCUUGAGGAUUGACAUGUGUCACUCACCAAAUCAUCUUUGUCACAACAGGGUUCAGGAUUGACAUGUGUCACUCACCAAAUCAUCUUUGUCACAACAGGCUUGAGGAUUGACAUGUGUCACUUACCAAAUCAUCUACAUCGGUACAGGCUUCAGGAUUGACAUGUGUCACUCACCAAAUCAUCUUCAUCAUGGCAGGGUUCAGGAUUGACAUGUGUCACUCACCAAAUCAUCUUCAUCACAACAGGGUUCAGGAUUGACAUGUGUCACUCACCAAAUCAUCUUUGUCACAACAGGCUUGAGGAUUGACAUGUGUCACUCACCAAAUCAUCAUCAUCUGGACAAGCUUCAGGAUUGACAUGUGUCACUCACCAAAUUGUCUUCAUCAGGACAAGCUUCAGGAUUGACAUGUGUCACUCACCAAAUUGUCUUCAUCAGGACAGGGUUCAGGAUUGACAUGUGUCACUCACCAAAUCAUCUUCAUCAUGGCAGGCUUCAGGAUUGAUAUGUGUCACGUACCAAAUCAUCAUCAUCAGGACAGGCUUCAGGAUUGACAUGUGUCACUUACCAAAUCAUCUUCAUCACGGCAGGCUUCAGGAUUGAUAUGUGUCACUCACCAAAUCAUCAUCAUUUGGACAAGUUUCAGGAUUGACAUGUGUCACUUACCAAAUAAUCUUCAUCACGGCAGGCUUCAGGAUUGAUAUGUGUCACUCACCAAAUCAUCAUCAUUUGGACAAGUUUCAGGAUUGA